GCUCAGAUUUCCCAUGCCAAAUGGAGCAAACUCCUUCUCCAGAAGACAUUCAGCCAAGACCAGACUUCACCUGUUACGAUUUCUAUAUCCAGGAGACUCAGUUCUGGAACCAGAGACCUUCGGGAAUUUUCGAAGGCUGAACUGGUAGAGCCCAAGAACUUGAUAUUUUUGAGAGUUACACCAACUGAUGUAGUUCUGACCAUAUAUGAAAUACUUUUGAAAUGUGUUGAGAUCAGAAUGGAAAACCUGUUCCGGAUGAAACUUGUAUGACCAAAGACCUUUUAAUCAAUGAAGGUGUCGCCCCAGGACAGCUUGAGAAGAUUUUCAAAAUUACUCAAGAGAUGAAAAGAUCUAAGCAACCUUCUCUUUUCAAAGUGAUACAUCAUAGCAAUAAGUUCACCCAAAUAGACUCCAACAAACCUCAAAAUUUAAUGAAAUUUUCGUAUGUGAAAUCAAAGGGUUUGAGUCGGAAAGAUGUGACUUAUAAAGCAGCACUUCGCUUGCUGAGGAGACAUUUUAAAAACAUGUUUAAGAUUAAGAACUUGGAUAUUGAUGCUAGGAGACUUUAUAGCUUAGCUAUUAAUGAUGUCUACCAAAGGACACUAACCCUUCUGACAGAGCUCAUUCCUGAAGAAUAUUUAACAGAAGAUCUGGUUUACUAUACUAUUGGAAUCAUUGGCAUCAAGAAAGCAUCUGAGAUGCAAUGAAAAUCGAGCAUCAAGAAAGAAAUCACUGCAUUCAAAAGAUGAACUAAAUCAUUUUCCCAUAAUAAUCUAGAGAAAGCAUUCCAUUCAAACAGCUUGAUGACUCUAUGUUGGUAUAUCAUCCAGAGGUCGGAUGAUCAAAGAAUCUCAGUCUUAAGGACUGAACUUCUGGAAAUCACAGCUCCCAAACCUCAAGAGAAGUAAUUUCAGCUCACAGAUGUGCUUUCGUGUUGUAACCAGCCAGAUAAUAGAAAGUUUGGAUAUUUAAAUACUUAGAUAAAAUACUCAUGAGUCCUUGCUUUCAGAUUCAAACCUUGCAAUUAAGAGGCUUAUUUCGAAGGAGAUAAGAUUGGCAUCUUGAAGAAAAUGAGACUCCUUUGGCAAAUUAUAGACUAUUAUAUCUGCUGACUCAAUGUUUUGAAGGGAUAGCAAAAGCUUCCAUUCCAUCCAUCAACACAGGGCACAUAAAACAUAAUUGCUUUUAAAUAUUAAAGAA